AUGACCGAAAAGCACGAAAGCGAGCGCGUCGAGUACGGAGCCAACGAGAAGGAGAUGGGUCUCCGAUCUGGCAGCGUUGACGGCAGUGAUGGCUUGCGCACAGUUGAUGCGGGCUUCACCGCCGACCAGAUUGACGCACAGUACGAUCAGAAGGAAGUGCGCAGGAUCUUGAGGAAAGUGGACUUUCGACUCAUUCCCCUUCUGGGCGUCCUGUACCUCCUCGCGUAUAUUGACCGCAGCAACAUUGGAAAUGCCAAGAUCGCGGGCAUGGAAGAGGACCUCAAUCUGUAUGGAAUGCGCUACAACACGGCGUUGACGGUGUUUUUCGUCCCAUAUGCGCUGUUCGAGGUCCCUUCCAACAUCAUCCUCAAGAUGCUGAGGCCGUCGAUCUGGAUUUCUAUCCUCUGCUUCUGCUGGGGCUUGGUCAUGACGCUGAUGGGAAUUGUGACGACGUAUCAAGGCCUCGUGGUUGCUCGAUUCUUCCUCGGGCUGACGGAGGCGGGUUUCUUCCCUGCCGCUACGUAUUUGCUCACAAUCUGGUACCAGCGCUAUGAAGUCCAACGCCGGAUGGCAGUCUUCUACGCGGCGGCCUCGCUCUCAGGCGCGUUCUCCGGGCUCCUCGCGUUCGCGAUUGAGAAAAUGGACGGCAUCGCUGGCCUGGGAGGCUGGAAGUGGAUCUUCAUCCUAGAGGGCCUGGCACCCGUAGCCGUCUCCUUCACUCUGUACUUCCUUUUGCCCGACAAGCCGGAGACGGCGCGAUUCCUGAGUAAAGAGGAACGAGAGUUUAUCGUCAACCGCAUUGCCCUGCACACCGGGUCCGGCGGAGGGCGCGUCACGAACGCCGACAAAAUGAGCUGGUCAUACAUCCGCGCUGGGUUCGCCGACUGGCGCAUCUGGAUGGCCGUCCUCCCCUUCUGGGCCUGUAGCAUCGGCACCUACGGCUUCACGGCCACAGUCCCCACGGUGAUCAGGCAGAUGGGCUACACGUCCGCGCACGCUCAAUUAAUGACCAUCCCCAUCUACGUCGUGGGCAUGGUAGCCACGGUGAUUGUCGCUUUUUGGGCCGAUCACAUCCAGCAGCGCACACCGUUCAUCAUCGGCGGCUUUGCCAUCGGAGUCGUCGGGUUUAUCGCGCAGCUCGCGAUCCCGCACCCCAGGUACCCGGGUGUGGCGUACUUCUUCCUCUUCCUCGUCGCCACGGGCCUGUACUGCCCGUUCACGUGCGUUGUGACGCUUGUUGCGAACAACCUUGCGCCCUCGUCGAAGCGGGCUGUCGGCAUGGCCCUCCUGAUCAGCAUCGGCAAUAUGGGCGGCAUUUGCGGCUCAAACAUCUACCUCGCGGCCCAGGCUCCCAAAUACCCGACCGGCUUCGGCGUGUCUCUCGGCUGCUGCGUCCUGGGCAUCAUUGCCGCGAUGAUCCUCCGUGUCGAAUAUUCGCGGCAGAACAGGGCCCGUGACGCCCUGAUUGAGCGCGAAGGUGAAGAGGCCGUCAAGGCGCGGUAUACCGACCAGGAACUGCUGGAGUUGGGUGACAGAAGUCCGUUCUAUCGGUAUACGCUUUAA